GAGCAGACAGAGAGGCAGAUUGAGAAACUCCUCAGUCUGAUGCAGCUGAGCCAGGUGGAUUUUAGCACAGUGCUUUGCUGCUGUAUACAGCUCCUGAUCACUAUGUCUGUCUGCAAGCCACAUCACCUGCACAAAACAAGAAGUGUCCUGCAGAUCCUCAACCCUCAGUUUGAUUGUGCCAUGGUAGAUGUAGUCUACCAGCAGCUGAAACACUGUGGCGCUCACGUCCUUCAGCUCAAUAACGCGGUUGUGCGACUCUUUGAGGUUGGAAGUGAACAUGGAGCGAAAGAAACUGCUCUGUGCCGAGAGCACCAACCUGUGCAGCUGAAACUCUUUGCUGUCCACAGUGACGGUGACAUCAGCAAACAGGCCAUCUUCCAAGCACAGGUCCAUGAUGCUCUUCACCACACGGCUCGAAUGAGAGCGGUCAGUGAAUGUGUAGCCCAGGAAGUAGUUCUCCUCUCCCACGGAGCCCCCGACGCUGAGGCCAGCCUCCUCGCUGGACUCCAUCUCUGCUGCUUCUCCAGAGGAAAACCAAACCAGCAUUACUAA